AUGUCUAGCUUUGACAAGAGUGAGUUUUUCUACAUUGCAGGAGUUGGCUUACUUUUAAACAUCAUUCUUUUUGCCACCACUUUCAUUGUUUACAUCUGCAAAACUAAAACCCAAAACACAGACAUUGAAUCCCUGAAUCAUCAUCAUUUAGAUGUUGCAUUGCUACAUCAACAAGAUGAAGAUCAUAUCACCGAAAAUCAUGAAGAAAACCAUGGUUUGAAAUUGAUUGAUCUUAUACCAGCUAUGAAAUUCAUGGAAUUGUCUAAGGGUCGAGAUCCAGACUCGAUUCGAGGAAGUGGGUGUUCAAUUUGCUUAAGAGAAGGUUAUGAAGAUGAUGAGAUGUGUAAAGUUCUUCCUGAAUGUGAUCAUGUGUUUCAUUCUGAUUGUAUUGAUCAAUGGUUUAUGAAAAAACAGAGUUGCCCUGUUUGUAGGAAGAUCUUUUGGGUUGUUCUUCCUACUGUUUGAUUUUUGUUUUAUGAUGUAUAGUUUGUGAUAAAUAGUACCU